UCCUUCUACUGCGACCUGCCAGCGGGAGCCGCGUCUCCGAGCAUGGAGCGGAGGAGUGAGAGCCCCUGCCUGCGGGACAGCCCCGACAGAGGCAGCGGCAGCCCCGAUGUCAAAGGGCCCCCCCCCGGGAAGGUGGCCAGGCUGGAGCAGAACGGCAGCCCCAUGGGCACCCGCGGGAGGCCCAACGGCGCCGUCACCAAGCCCGUGGGAGGUUUGAUGAUUCCAGUCUUUUGUGUGGUGGAGCAGUCGGACGCCUCUCUUGAAUACGAUAAUCGAGAAGAGCAUGCUGAGUUCGUUCUGGUUCGCAAAGAUGUGCUCUUUAGCCAGCUGGUGGAGACAGCGCUCCUGGCUCUGGGGUAUUCCCACAGUUCUGCAGCUCAGGCACAAGGAAUAAUCAAGCUUGGGAGGUGGAAUCCCCUCCCUCUCAGUUAUGUGACUGAUGCACCAGAUGCGACAGUAGCCGACAUGCUACAAGAUGUCUAUCAUGUUGUGACAUUGAAAAUCCAAUUACAAAGUUGUUCGAAGUUGGAAGACUUGCCAGCAGAGCAGUGGAACCAUGCCACAGUUCGCAAUGCCUUAAAGGAACUGCUCAAAGAGAUGAAUCAGAGCACACUAGCCAAAGAAUGCCCUCUCUCACAGAGUAUGAUUUCAUCCAUUGUAAAUAGCACAUACUAUGCCAAUGUGUCAGCAACCAAGUGCCAGGAGUUUGGGAGAUGGUACAAAAAGUACAAGAAGAUUAAAGUGGAAAGAGUGGAAAGAGAAAACCUUUCAGACUAUUGUGUUCUUGGUCAACGUCCCAUGCACUUACCAAAUAUCAACCAGCUGGCAACCUUGGGAAAAACUAACGAACAGUCUCCUCAUGGCCAAAUUCACCACAGUACUCCAAUCCGAAACCAAGUGCCAACGAUGCAGACAAUGAUAAACCCUGGGCUCCUGUCUCCUCAGCUCAGUCCACAGCUGGUGAGGCAGCAGAUAGCAAUGGCCCAUCUGAUAAACCAACAGAUUGCUGUCAGCCGGCUAUUGGCUCACCAGCACCCACAAGCUAUCAACCAGCAGUUCUUGAAUCAUCCACCCAUCCCUAGAGCUGUCAAACCAGAGCCAUCAAAUUCAUCGGUGGAAGUCUCUCCAGAUAUUUACCAGCAAGUCAGAGAUGAGCUGAAGAGAGCCAGUGUGUCUCAAGCUGUCUUUGCAAGAGUAGCAUUCAACCGCACACAGGGCUUGUUGUCAGAGAUCCUGCGUAAAGAAGAAGACCCUAGGACAGCUUCCCAGUCUCUCCUGGUAAACUUAAGGGCAAUGCAGAAUUUCCUCAACUUGCCUGACUCUGAGCGGGAUCGUAUCUAUCAGGACGAGAGAGAGAGAAGUAUGAACCCCAAUGUGAGCAUGGUGUCUUCAGCUGCCAGCAGCCCAAGCUCCUCCAGAACCCCCCAGGCCAAAACCUCGACACCAACAACAGACCUCCCCAUUAAGGCGGACGGCGCCAACGUCAACAUCACAGCUGCCAUUUAUGACGAGAUCCAACAGGAGAUGAAAAGGGCCAAGGUAUCUCAAGCUCUGUUUGCCAAAGUGGCUGCCAAUAAAAGUCAGGGCUGGCUGUGUGAGCUGCUUCGCUGGAAAGAAAACCCAAGUCCGGAAAACCGCACCCUUUGGGAGAACCUCUGCACCAUUCGCCGCUUCCUGAACCUUCCCCAGCAUGAGAGGGAUGUGAUCUAUGAGGAAGAGUCCAGACAUCACCACAGCGAGCGUAUGCAGCACGUUGUCCAGCUCACUCCUGAGCCCGUGCAGGUGCUGCACAGACAGCAGUCCCAGCCUGCGAAGGAGAAUUCCCCACCUAGAGAAGAGGCUCCUCCUCCACCUGCCGAGGACAGUUGUGCCAAAAAGCCAAGAUCCCGUACCAAGAUUUCCUUGGAAGCUCUAGGUAUCCUUCAAAGCUUUAUCCAUGACGUGGGUCUCUACCCUGAUCAGGAAGCCAUCCACACCCUCUCUGCUCAGCUGGAUCUCCCCAAACACACCAUCAUCAAAUUCUUCCAGAACCAGCGUUACCACGUAAAGCACCAUGGGAAGCUAAAAGAGCAUUUGGGAACGGUGGUUGACGUGGCAGAGUACAAGGAUGAGGAGCUGCUGACGGAGUCGGAGGAGAACGACAGCGAGGAGGGCUCUGAGGAAAUGUACAAAGUGGAGCCUGAGGAGCAGAACCCCGACAAAAGCAAGGCGGCUCCAGCGGACAUCGACCAGAGAUAA